AAAAAGGCUAAUAAUUAUUUCUUCUGAAUGUAAUGUAGAAAUUCAACGUUAUUAUGUGUUUAGAUGGAAACAUUCAGACAACUGGUUUGUGACAGAUUACAAUAGACCAGAUAGAAUUGAUUCUGGCGAACGAAUAUUUGAAAUAACGAUCGAUUAUGAAGAAUUUCAGUACGUUAUUGAUCAUGUGGUCGAUGGCAGAAAUUUGUUUCCAGCGACAGGAUAUUAAUGUUUAGUUUGGCAAACUUUCGGCAUGAUGAUAGGACAACUGUACACGGAAUUACCUGUUGUCAUUGAAAAUAUAAAGUUUAAUCGAGCUACCACCAUACCGAAAAAAGGCAAAAUUGAAAUGAUAGUCAUAACUCAAAAAGGCAGUGGUAAUUUCGAAGCGGCCGAAACAGGUCUUGAUAUUGUUACUGGAGUGAUUCGUGUUGCAACAAACUUGUUACAAGAGAAAAUACCCCUUGAUCUGAUCAAAUCAAAUAUCGGCAAUGAGAAGAAAGCAUUAGAUGCGAAAGAUAUAGCGGCCUCUUUCGAAGUUUAA